AUGGCAGAAGCCGCUCCAGUUCUUCCAUGCUACAUCGACAAGGUUGUUGAGUUUCCGGAUGGAACUGCUUUUGAGCUGCUGAAACCCUUGGCGACUUAUCGCUCUUGUCACGAUGGCACCCCCGCAGAGGCGCGCAUAGUCCUUACAUGUCGCCCCUGCAGCGGAGACUGUUCGCCAGUGGACGAAUAUGUCAUGAAGAUCAAGAUCCACCCUGAACUUGGGCCUAGUACUACGACAGCACAUGAACUCCAAGCGCUGGAAAAGUUCCGAGAUACUGACAGCGCAUGUACGCCGGUGCUGGUCAACUUCAAGAAGGCGGUCCAGCCUGCCGAGGGACAAUUGCCGGGGGGGUAUCUCACGUUCCUCGUCAUGACAAAGAUGCCCGGCGAUUCACUCUUUAACAUGUACUACUGGGGAAUGACGACCGAAGAACGACAUGACAUUACCCAGAAGUUCCUCGUUGCUCUUAGGUGGAUCUACGCUCAAGGCAUUGAACCCGUAGACUGCGGACUGCGGAACAUUCUAUGGGACCCAGAGACGAAGAAAUGCAGCAUCAUCGACUUCGAGCUCUGGCGUGAAACCGAGACAUCGGUGGGUGAUGAAACAAAAGAACUACAGAGAUGGGGCCUUGCUCGCCAGCCCGCUGCUAAGAACCACUGGGAGGCUUGGAAUCAGAUGUUUCGAUAG